AUGGCAAUAGAUAUCUCGGAUGAGCACUUUGCUGCCUAUCCGAGAAUGAAGGAGCUGAUUGGCUCUCAUCUGGUCAGCAAGACAGAAGAGACUCCUCCAUCCACAAAGAAAAUAACCUGGUACCUGAAGAUAACCGACUCUGAUUCUGGAUCUUUCAAAGAUGACACUUUUCCCUCAGAAUGCCCAAAGGAUUCUCAGCUAUGUGGAUUGACAGAAAUUUCGCUUCCCAACCAUGACCCAGUGAUUACUGAGGUGUUCUCCUUUUCGAAUAAAUUGACACCACAAUUCGAUGUCAACACAAGCUCUUUCAUUGUCAACCUCCGUGGCGCUAAUUGGGGAGCAUACACAUUAGAUGCUGAAAUUGAGUUUGUGUGUGCGUCCGAAGAUAACGCAGAGGGUCUCAAAUUGGUCUUGUUUGACUAUUCCACCGUGUCACUCCACUAUGAGACGGCCAGCGCAUGCAAAUCCAACGAAACGCCUCCCAAAGACGGAAAGAAGAAAGCUCCAAAAAACGACGACUCCAAUUCGUGGGGCGUCUUCACAUGGCUCUUCAUCCUUCUUGUCAUAGUGAUGGCGUCUUAUAUAAUAGCACAGGCAUGGAUCAACACAAACAGAGUGGGCAGCUCACACGAGUUUCUUAACGAGCUGGUCGAGUCAAUCAUCGAGACAUUGACCAAGUUGCCCGAGUUCUUGCGCGAGAUAGCAAACAAACUGUUCAGCAGUGGAAGCAGAGGAGGGUACAGCGCAGUGUAA